CAAGGCUCUUUGAGUUCUUACGCACUGGAGCUUCCCCUUCCCCUCGUCGACAUCGUCGCUUCUUCGUCCUUCAUUCUCCACUCAGGACCGUUUCGUCUUUGGAUCGCGGCGCGUAAGGUCUGCUCGCGCAAGCGCGUUCCAACUUAGGCGCACCCCAAGAUCCGGUUACGGUGUCUUGUGGCGCAGAGUGGAGUGGGUUCUGAAUUUGGUUCUGCAGUGAGUGAUUUAGGACGUCCUGAUCGCUACAUGUGGGGGGGCGGGCACUGGUGCGAGGCCGCGGCAUUGCGUUAGGCGAGAUGUGCAUCGAAGUAUUUGUGGAUAAUUUCGCGGGUUUUAAAAGAUAUGCAAGGUUUUAUGAUCAGAAUUUGAGCAAGUCAGAGAGGCGAACAUUAGGAAUUUUUUUUUUUUUUUUUUUUUUUUUUUUUUUUUUAAUUCUUCUCCUGGAGGUGUCGGUGAAGCGGAGUGAGAUGGUGGAAUCAAUUGCGAGGUUGAGGAGAAAUGCAAAUUUAGGUUUCGGAAUGGGAGAUGUCUGAGGGUGGGCGGGUGAAGUCCUCUUGUACUGGUUGUUGGUUGCCACUUCUGAAGGAAGAAGGCGUUCGUAAGCAAGUUGUUGAAGACGGAGGAGGUGUUUCAGAGUGGUGGAAGGGUUAAUAAUCCCUCUUUAAUAGUUCUCCGGGGUGGUAUGGAGCCGAUGUUCAUUUGAUAGGGGUUUGCUUCUCCUGAAUACAGACCGGUCCAUGUGCUGUAUUGAGUAUGCCAAGGAUUUCGUGUGUCUGAUGUAUGGAAUAGUCGAGUUCUUAGGUUCUGCCAGUUUCUUGCGUUAGUCGCAGUAACAUUGGAGGAAACCUGGUUAGUUGGUCUCUUGGUCUGCUGAAAAGUUCCGACGAAUAUCUCCUACGUUGAAAGGUGCUGUGCAUGCGCCUGUUCACGUGAGUGCUUGGCUGAUAGUCCUCGUGUACGCGCGUCCUCUUUAACAUCAAGAAAUCUUCUCCUGUUCUUGUUGAAGUCGCUGGUCAUAAUUUUAGAAGAUUUUCAGCUCCUCUAGCUGUUAUAAUUUCUGUCGUGCCUAUAGGAAACUCGUAAUCGGUCGCUGGCUUUCUGUAUUUUUACGUUGAAGUUUCAUUUUGAACCACCUGCCUUUCAAGUUCUAUACACUAUACCACAUUGGCUUGCUCAAGGAAUUUAGAUGUAUGAAAUCCUGCCAUUCACUAGUGACUCAGUACGUACACCAUACUCUCUCUUGUCUUCACUGGAGUCCACUGAAGUCUUAAACAUCGAGCUUGCCUAGGAGGACGUGCCGAAUCCGAGCUCUCUCAGCCGUAGGUCUUCUCGUAGUGCCACCUCAGACCACUCGCAGUUCCAGCCAUGCAUUCCCGUGGUCGUGCAGUAUGGACUCCUGCCGUUGUGAGUACCGAGACAAUAGCUGGUUAGGCAGCUUGUAGGCACUCUUUCGAUUGUUUCGCAUGGAGAAUUAAGCCUUUGUAGAUCUGCUUCUAUCAUCUGAAAUUUAUUGGAGCCAUUAUAGGUCUGUGGAGGUGAAUUCCCUUUUCUACCUGUUCUUCCUGUCUCAUUUGUUCUGGGAUAUUUGAAGCGCGAAGUUGUUAGUUGAGGUCCUGCAGUAGGAUACAAUUUUUCAGCAUGAGCCUUUUCUGGACACAUGGUUCAAAGAGAUCACUGUUAGUCAUGAGCAGCGGCAGCCUACUUACCGCACAGAUUUUAUCAACAAGCAUCCCCUAGGCCUGGAUUGCUUGCCAUUUGGAGUUUCCUACGUCUAUCACCUGCGAUUGGGGGGGACGUGCCUGCUGCAGCGAUGAGUGCCAUGAUCCUUGUCAUCGGAGUCUCUUUGCAACAGCGAAUGCUACUUGCGUUUUCUCUCUCCUGCUUCUUCUUGUUCGUCUUGCCCCUCUUCACGUGCGUUGAAUCUUCAAUAUCAGGACUUCGAAGCGCGAAGAACGUUAUGGACUUCAAUUUCAACCAAACAGGGUCGACGAGUGAUUCCCCCAGUGUUGCAGAGAUAACUCCAACUUCAAGCGGAAGAUCUGUGAAGUAUACGAAUCGUAGAUUGCUGGAUGGUGAAAUGUGUACAAAGUUUGACAUAAGCAUAUUUCAAGGGCCGGGAAGCCCGUUGCCGAACGGCAUACCAACAUUUAGUGUUCAGAUCUUCAACCUAUGCACAGUAGGGUGUCCGAUAUCCAAUGUGCAUGUGGCUUGUGGCUGGUUCGCGUCGGCCAAACUUGUCAACCCCAAGGUGUUCAGAAGAUUAAAAUACAAUGACUGUCUUGUAAAUGAUGGCAAUCCCAUACCAUAUGGGGAUAGCAUCACUUUUCAGUACGCGAACUCCUUUGCAUACCAACUGAGAGUUGAAACUGCCGUCACGUGUAAAUGGCCAUGACUGCUACUUCAUGAAAUAAAAGGUUGAAGUGGAGGUUAAAGUCACCUGGAAAUAUGCUAAGCCCA